AUGGCCUCCGCCUCCGCUUUCCAGUUUACGAGUCGUUCGAUCGAUCACGAAUUCUGGAAGGACUUCAGCGAGGCGGAUUGCACAUGGCUGUACGCGCCACUGACGUCAUUGGCCAUUGAUCACGAGUUUUGGAAGGAGUUCAGCGAGGAAGACUGCACGUGGCUGUCGGGCCCGCUGGGCUUCCCUGCGCCUAUAGACACCUCCAUCGAUCACGCGUUCUGGGAGGACUUCAGCGACGAGGAGCAGACGUGGCUGUACGUCCCGGGGGUUGCCUUUGUUGAGCCCGUCGUGACUCUGACGUUCGGAGCUGCAGCUGCUGCCAGCAGCACUCCGACCAGCACCAGCAGCAACAGCAGCACCAGCAGCAACAGCGACGACAGCAGCAUGGCUAGCGUUGCCAGCAGCAGUAUCAUUCGCAGCAGGAGCAUCAGCAUCAGCAGCAGCAGCAGCAGCAGCAGCAGCAGCAGCAGCAGCAGCAGCAGCAGCAGCAGCAGCAGCAGCAACGGCAGCGACCGCACGAAGCGUGGCAGCAGCGCAGUGACGUGCAUGAGCAAGAGGCGGCAGCAGCGGCUGCACGCCGUUGCGGUGUGCGUGGGGCAGUUGAACGAGGACGAGCAGAGCACUGCGCGCUCCCCCCGUGCGUCGCUGGGCUUCUCCCCGCUGCGACCCACCAAGCCCGUGAGUCAGCCGCGCAGCAACACGCCCACGCCCACGCACGUCAUGGGUGCACGCGCUGCUGCCAGCACCGCUGAUGUGAAGACCGCUGCUGUCAGCAUCGACGUUGUGAAGAGUGCUGCUGUUUGCAGCCCUGCUGUGAAGACCGCUUCUGUGAAGAAUGUUCCUGGUAAGGCCGCAGCUGCCAAGGGAACGCCAGUCAAGGGUGCAGCUGCAGCUGCACCAGUCAAGGCUGCUGUUAAGCCUAAAGCUGCAGCAGUUAAUAGUUCGCCAGCCAAGGCCGCAACUGUGACGCCUGCAGGUGGUAAGAGUGUGGCUGUUAAGAAUGCUGCUGUUAAGCCGAGCCCAGUGAGGGUGCCUACAAAAGCAGCAGCAGAGAAGGUGAGGGAGCAGGGCAAUGGGAGGGCAGCACACACGGUGCGUACAGCAGCAGGGAAGGCGGCGUUGGGAGGGGUGGAGGCAGCAGGAGGGCGAGCAGCAGGUGUGGGGUCGAGUUCAGGGCGUGGUGGCGGUGGUGCGACUUCAAUCCCUAAGCCUGGGCAGAGCAGGGCAGCGCACACGGCUGCAGCGGCUAAGGCAGUGCAGGCUGCGCCUCACAGCACUCGCAACCCGCCUGCUGCAGCCGCAGCACUGCCGGCCACUCGCAUUCCCAAGCCACGCCUUGCAGCAUCCCAGGGAAGCAGAGAGGUGGAGGCAUGUGGUCAGCUGGAGGGCGGUCUGUGGGGAGGCUCGUGGAUGGGCAUGGCCAUGGAUCUGCUGCAACUGCUUUCAUUCCACUAA